CCCACUCCUCCUUUCUUUCAUCCUCAUCCCCAACGACCCCCCAACACUCGCCGCAACAACAAUAACAACAGCGCACAACACCAUCCAAACAGUCCGCCACCUUGCCCCAAAACACAACGCAUUCUCCCGCGCUCUUUUUGAUGGGGUGGUGGUCAUGGUACCGUCACCACCUGUUGCCGCUUCUUCAUCGUCGUCGCUAUGCUUAAGAUGCUGUGAUGUCUGUUUUCUUUGCUGCUGUACGGGGGCAAAGGGGGAGCCUGGCUUAGAGAGAUCGGGAGGGUUGUCGGCGAGGUGUUUGUGUGUGUCGUGUGGGUGUGUUGGGGGUGGAGGGGUUGGUGGUUUAUUGGGAUUCGCCAUUUGCUUUUGCUCCAGGUGGGUUGGAUAGAUUGACAGGUGAGGACUUGGACAAGAUGUUGUUGUUUUUU